GUCUCUGUACUGCCUGAGAGAGACAUGGAUGCUUUUGAGGGAAUUCACAGCGUCCAAAUUUCCUCUUCUCCACCAUCUUCGACAACAGCAAGCCCAGGAUAUGAAGUCCUCAAAACAGGGAGAGCUGGAAUAGCAGUAUAUUCCUCUGCCGUCUUCUUUGGCACACCGGAUGUCCUGAGAAGGCCAGUUGCCAGACACAAGUCCAGCAGGAAAGCUGAGGAGGAAGGCUGUGUUGUUGGACGGUUGGUAGAUCUGGAUCCAGAGAUAGAGUCCAGAGUGGAGGGAGGAGACCAGGCUGCGCACACCUCAGGCAGAGACCAUGGCGACCUCUCCCGGCUUCGUAGCUCUUCGCUGGAGAUCAAAGAAAAAGAAAUCAGAGAAAAGGGCUCUGAGAUCCUCAGGGAACAGCUGGAUGCUGCAAAGAGGGAACUGAAACUAAAAGACAAGGAGUGCGAACGCCUGUCGCAGGUCAGGAAUCAGCUGGAGCAAGAGUUAGAAGAGCUGACGGCCAGUCUGUUUGAGGAAGCUCACAAGAUGGUGCAUGAAGCGAACGUUAAACAAGCAGCAGCGGAGAAACAACUGAAGGAGGCUCAGGGAAAGAUUGAUGUUCUGCAGGCAGAGGUGACGGCGCUCAAGACUCUGGUGUUGACAUCGACGCCUUCUUCACCAAACCGCCAGCUGCAUCCACAGCUGCAGUGUUCAGGAACCAGGGGAGUGCACAAACACGUCGGGGGUCACACCCGCAACAAGAGCACGAGCGGCGCCUUUCCGUCCCCGCAUGGAAAACAAGAACCUUCCUCAGUGUCCAUCCAGCCUGUGGUGAAAGAGGACCAAGAGCCUGCUGUUCCUGCUCUCCUCUCUCUGAUACUCUGCCUGGUCCCUGGCCAGUCUGUCAGUGUGACCUUUGAACCUUACUGGCAGGAGCGGGGAGAGGGGCUAGGCGCUGACAGCAGACAGCUGGACAACGUUCUGUAUGCAGAGUUUUUGAUGUGGAGGGAAAACCCAAGUCUAGACCACUCCUCUGCCUUCCUGAGUCGCAUCUACAGAGAAGACAUUGGACCCUGCCUCUCCUUCACGAGAUCUGAGCUGUCGCAGAUGGUGCAGAGUGCAGUGGAAAACAACUCUCUGACUAUCGAGCCGGUGGCCAUGUCAGCAUUACCGAUGGUUAAAGCUUCAGCUAUAGAGUGUGGAGGCCCUAAUGGCUUUAGGGCAGCAAUAGAGACAAAAUGUGCAUUAAGCGGCAUGUCGCGCCUCUGCCGACAUCGUAUUAAACUUGGCGACAAGGGGAGCUACUAUUACAUCUCUCCUUCCAGCCGAGCACGGAUCACGGCUGUUUGCAAUUUUUUUACUUAUAUCCGCUACAUCCAGCAGGGCCUGGUAAGACACAAUGCGGAGCAGAUGUUCUGGGAGGUGAUGCGCCUACGCAGAGAGAUGACUGUGGCCAAGUUAGGUUUCUAUCAAACUGACCAGGGCUAGAAGACCAGACCGUCCACUGAAACAUCCGGCAGGAGAGCAUGAUCCCAGGACUUUGCUUAUUCAAGAUUCUAGUCAGGAUCAAACUGUGGUAACAAACAGGUCUUGAAACAGUAGAAAAUGUGCCACUAUUAUGCAAUAAGACAAAGAAUUAAACCAGCACAGCUAGAAAGACGUACAAAUAAGUUUAUUUUUCAGUAAUUCUCUCCACUGGCAAGGAGUACUGUUUCUGAACCUCCCUGGUGGAGUACACACAACUUCUCCAUAUAAAUACAAUAGAUUCUAUGCAUUAUGUUUCAGUUGUUAAGUCUGUUGAAAAGAUGAGCACAAAGCAUGAAAGCAGUCUAGAGAGUUUAGUUGGGCUCUUACCUCAAGUGUUACAUGCUUAUAUAACUAUGUGAUGUAAUAGUUCUAUUGUGAGAUUGACAAUAUCCAUAGUUUUCACAAUUAUUUGGAUUUUUGUCUUUAUUUUUAUAAAAGUACAAUGCUCACUAGCAUCUCGCAGUUACUUUCUGUUAUCAGCUCAAACACCAAGACUUUUUGCCUCAGCAUGGCCUUAAUUUUUUGUGAUACACUUGGUCGCACUACCUGUUCUAGAUGCCUUGUAUGAAAACACAAACAGAAGCAGACUCUUGAAAGAAACAGCUUCAUGUUAGCCUAGCCUGUACUGAAAAAUCAGAUAUACUGAUAAUGAAUUACCGUAGUUAUGACACCUCCACAUGCAAAACUGUUGUACAAUAGUGAGAAAAUGAAUAAGCUUUAAUACAAGUGAUUGCAAUACGCACAGCUGUCUGCAAUGAACAGCAUGUACAUAAAGUAAAAGCCAUAAAUGACUUUGCAUGAAUGCAGUAUAUAGCCAUAUUAUGCAGUGUAUACUGGUUGUACCUCAAAUUAUAGAAUUAUUAUUAAUAAUGGACACUUUCCACAGAAAAAACGCUUGAAGGUAAAAAUGAAGAAUAUUGUGUCAGAAAGUGCAAUAACUGCUUCUUAGCCUUCUUUAGGGCUUGGUGGUUCCGAACCUCAGUGUACUGAUAAUUAACUGUCUUCCGGUGUAAACACUCCAUUAAAGACUACAUCACCUUUUGUACUGUA